GAAUUCAUCAAAUGGAUGAAAUCAACAGCUGUAAGUUUCUACAAGUUUGACUCAUAUUUGUGUCUCCACAAAGACACUUAUUACAAAUUUUCAACAUUAUCAGUAAGUGAUAUCCAGUUACAAUGCAAAAUGGAGGUCAUCAAGAUAUCAUCUUCCAUUAGUGCCACAUUUCUGUUUAUCAUCAUGAUGGGUGUGGUGUUUUACAUGAAACGCCAUAGAAUGGAGUACCUUUUCUUGUUGAGCAGACAAAUGGCCCGUAGAUUGAUUGGCAGGACACGAUCUAGAGGUAACAGACUAUACAAAUACCAUGGAUUUGUAUGUUGGAGUAGCCAGGAAGAUAUCUCAAUAAUUGUGUUAAUUCAAGGAAAACUGGAAAUGGAUUUCGGACUUCGCCUUGCCAUUGGUGAUCGGGAUUUUGAAGUAGGUGGCUAUAUAAUUGACAAUAUCGUACAUUUCAUUACAGCAAGUCGUAAAACAAUCAUCUUUCUGAGUAAUAACUAUUUGAACAGCAAGUGGUGUAUGUUUGAGCUACAAAUUGCAAUGAACAAGAGCCAAGAGGUAGAGUUUGACACAGUUGUUAUGAUUCUUCUUCAUGAUAUCAAUGAUUUAGACAAGGCAAAGAUGCCACCAAGCCUGACAAAUUAUUUGAAACGCAAGACAUAUCUACAAUGGCCGGCAUCCUCUGCACAGCAACCAGUCUUCUGGCUUCGUCUUAAGGAUGUCCUUGAUUUUGGUGAGAUACAGAAUGAUCAGCCCUUGGUUAUCAAUCCAGGAGAAAAUGAUCAGGUUGAACAAAAUGAUGGGUCCCAUACUAUAGAUGUAAGGGAACAAAAUGAUCAGUCAUUUGUUGUCAAUCCAGACGAAAAUGAUGGGUCUAAUACUGAUGUGGCAGUAGAUGAACAAUCAUUUGAUGAAGAUAUGAUAUAUAGAGAACCAUUACUAAGACUGAACUAAUAUUGAACAAUCAAAAUGUGUGUCAAAAUCGACAAGAAUCAACAUGUAGAUCUUUUAUUGACUCAAUAACAUAUAAAUGAAACGUACAGUAUAUGUACAUGUAGUGUGCAAAAUAUCAAGUCACCAAUCAGCAAAAAGGAUAUAAGUAAAAUCAGGUGUUAUGAUUUCAAACUGUGUCAUAGCUUUGGACAGGUACAAGACAGCUAUAAAGAAGUUAAUGAAAAGUAUCUUUUUCUCGCUAGUCAGCCAGUAUUUGUAACAGACAAAUUCAUUGGUUGAUACGUCAGAAAUAUUUCAAACCACAAAAAAUCAAAAUUAGCAUCAUCUUGAAAUGAGCAUGUCAAAUCACAUGGCUUCGUUUAGAGGUAAGAACUGUAGUGUAAAUCAGCUUCAAGUGACAUAUAUUUUUACACACACAUUUUCCUAUUUCAAUAUUCUAAUCAUUUAGUUUGGACUCAACCCGUUUCAUUUGGUGUGGUGAUAUUAUUUCAUUACCCAGGAAUUUCUUUACAGAAUUUAAUUUGUGGAUAUACAGAAAACAUUUGGUGAGGACAUUUUAAAAUGUUUGUCAAGUAAAAAGAUAUUUCGCACACUGACAUGUACAUGCACAUAUAUGUAUAUAAUUUUGGAUAACCAUAUGAUGAUAUUUCCAUGUAAAUAAAUAAUAGUUAUAAAGUACUAUAUUGUAUGCUACAUACCCUGAGUUGGUGACUGCCAUUACAGUUGAUACCAAGGUGAAGGGAUAGGUAAGAUGGGUGACACCGAGCUGAAACACAAACAAUACAUAAUUUAAAUUAAAAAGGGAUUAUUAACAUGCAAAUUGUCAUCACCUGCCAUUUGUUACAGAUGAAUGCCAAACACCAACCACAAACCACUGAACACCUUCC